UGACCGAAAUAGAGAAGAAAAUAAGAGGGUGAGAAAACAUACAUACAUACAUCUUGGUUGGUUUUGGGUUUAAGGAGGGGAAAUUGAUUCUUGUUCUUUGGGAAGGAUAAGGAAUCAAUCUGAUCGCUGGAAGAGAGGAAGUAGUAAUGGAAAUGGGGAUUUCCAAGACAACAACAAGCACUGAGGUUACCGACGACAAUUCCAAUAGCAGCAGCACCACUCAUACUCAAACUCGCAACCAUAUCUCCUUUGCUGCUCCCUACGCCGUAGGAGAAAAGGUCUUAACCAAUCAUUCUGAUUGUCUUUACGAAGCCAAGGUGAGGCAAGUUGAGUACCGCAACACUAAAGGAUGGCAAUUCCUCGUUCACUAUCUUGGUUGGAAGAAGAGAUGGGAUGAAUGGCUUGACCUGGAUCGUUUGAUGAAACACACCGAGGAAAAUAUGCGCAAAAAACAUGACCUUGACGAGAAGCUUGGCAAUGAUAAGAAUGCAAAAGUCCCGCGUGGUUCUCUGGCGAAGUCCAAGCCUACUAACGUUUCAAGAGGCAGGAAACGAAGGAAUGAAUCUGUCAUCAAGGGAAAACCUGCAGUUGAUCCUGACAAGCUUGUUAACAUUCAAAUUCCUCCAACACUAAAGAAACAAUUAGUUGAUGAUUGUGAGUUUAUUACCCAUCUCGGCAAGCUUGUUAAACUCCCUCGUACUCCUAAUGUGAAAGGCAUAUUGAAAAAUUAUUUUGAUUACAGAUUGAAGAAAUGUGGCUCGGUGGGUGAUUCAGUUGAAGAAAUUAUGAAAGGAUUGUCUUGUUACUUCGACAAAGCACUGCCAGUGAUGCUUUUGUACAAGAACGAGCGCCAACAGUACCAAGAGGCUUGUCCAGCCAAUGUCUUUCCUUCUGCUAUAUAUGGUGCUGAGCAUUUGUUACGUCUCUUUGUUAAGCUGCCCGAGUUACUGUUUCAUGCUAGUGUUGAAGAGGAGACAUUGAUGGAACUUCAAGCACACUUAAUUGACUUUCUCAGGUUUCAAUGUUUUCCUCCAGGUUCUUGCAAAAAAACCAGAGCACAUUCUUCCUUUCUACUUAUCAUGUUGCAGAAGGUAUUGAGAACAGCACCAACAAACAAGUGUGUUUGCCUUGUUAAGCCUGCAUAUGUUUAUGUAUGGACGCAACCUGUUCAUGUGGAAGAACACAAGAAUCAAUUACAUAUGCUUCUAAGGGCUGCAAACUUUUUUCCUAGCCAAAUUGAUGUCAUUCCUGGAGUUCUGCUUCUGGUUAGUCUAGUGACUAUCACUUUUCCUGGUUAUUUAUAAGAUAAACUAGCUUAGUUUGCUUUAAACUUGGGAAAGUAAUUUGUAAACACGAUACUGAUUAUGAAAUUCCAUUUUCAGUUUUUCAUAAUGCCUGCUCAUUUGCCCA